AUGAUUUAUUGGACGAUAACCUUACUGUCCAACAGGAAUGGCUGUUCACAAGUAAUGGUGGACUCUUCAGCCACAUUAGGCACCGGUAUCUUAAAGGGAACGACACAUUUCUUCGGAGACUAUGAUGAGUGUCUGGGUAUUAAUUCACACACAAAUGGAAACUAUAUUAACAAAUUGGGUCAGUAUUGCACUCUACAGAUACCCAUCCGACAUAUUAUUGGAAAUGUGCUUUUCAAAAUAAGGGAUCAAUUGAAUGGUAUGAACGCAUCGAUCGUACUGUACAAGAUUCAUUGAAACACUUAUUGAGCGCACGAUUAGAGCAAUGCGUUCACAGAAAUGAUAAUCCGAUUCAAUGGUUGCAUAUCAUCAUUGGUUGCUGUUUCACAUUAAUAAUUAUGCUGGC